AAACAAGUGAAAACUGUCAAAAGCACGCAAAUGGAUAUCAAAACAAAGAACGCAUGUAAAUACUAAUUUUGUAACAUUUUUGAAGGUUGACAAUGCCUUGGUACACCAACAUAAUUCCGGAAUAUAUAAAGAAAAGUGUGUGCACUUGCUUGAUAAAACGGUACUUAAACAAUUUUAUUGAAAAUGAAAUAACUAGGGACCAGCUAAAUCUUGAUUUAUUUAAUGGACGAGGUACAGCCGAGAGAAUCAGCCUGGCAGUCGAGGCUCUCAAUGAACUGGGCGAAACUCAAAAUUGGCCAAUAGAAUUUGUAGAUGGCUAUAUUGGCAAAAUAGAUAUUAAUGUGCCAUGGACUUCUAUUUUAAAAGAUCCAUCCUAUGUAGAAAUAUGUGGGUUAAAACUAACAGUUCAGCCAAAACAGAGGAAAGAAGAUGCAACAUCAAUGUUUGAGUCUAUGUGGAACUCCAUGACAAGCUCUAUGCAUUUGGCUGAAGAAUUUGCAAAGGAGGAAGUUGCUAAUGAUAAAAAUACCAACUCAGUUGAGGGAGUAGAGCUUUUUGCGCAAACUAUUGAAUCUAUUGUUGGCAGAAUCAAAAUUAGGUUUGUUGAUACUUGUAUUCAAAUAGAACAUUUGGCAAAAGAUGCAGAAAGAGGAGUUGGAUUAAUUUUAAAUAUAGAUCUAAUUGAAUACUUUGAUGAAUGUGGGAAUGAUCCAGGUCCUGAUGAAGCAACGGAGAUAAGCAAAGACAACACAAAAAAAGCUUACUUGGUCCCUUCUUUUACUACAAAAAAAUUGUGUAUUGAGGGAGUUAAAUUAUCUAGUAUUGAAUUUCCAGUUUUCACCAAGGCCGCAGAUGAAUCUGAGCUAAAAACUGGUGAUCCCAAAGAGCACGAUAUUUUUUUUUAUACUGGGGUGAAAAAUAAUUUAAAAACUGAAUGUCUUGAUUCUGGUCCCGAUGAAUCAGAUGAAGAAAAUCUUACUAUUAUGUUUGGAAAAAUUUGUAAUAGACAAGAGGUCAGAAUCAAAUUGAAGCAAUCUGAAAAUAUUGCAGGGCCAAAAGUUGCGAUUGAAGUUAAUUUGGGGGCUUUUAUAUUAUUCCUCUCUCCUAGGCAGUAUUAUUUGUUAAUGGCGUUAAUAGAUGGGUUUUCAAGUCCGUCACAUGGAAAAAGCAGUCAAAAAGAUAAACUCAACUCAAAACCUAUGACGGAUACUGAUUAUGAAAAGAUUGAAAAGGAGUUACAGAAUUUGUUAAAUCCAUUUCCACACUAUCAAGCUCUAAAUUUGCAACAGAAUCAUGGUUGGGCUACAGGUGCAAUGGAUGACAGCACUGGAGAAUAUAUACCAAUGAAGGAAGCGGCUAGUGGGAUGUAUGACAGUACAUUAUCAGGUGUUAGUAGCAGUAUGGAAUCAAGCUUCAGCUCUAGUAUGGUCAGCUCAGCCACAGAUCAAAGUCAUCACAGUCGUAGGAGGGUUAGCAAUAUUGACACAGACCCCACGGCUGAAAUCUCUCGCUUCCAUAUAAGACUGGUGUCGCUUGCUGUAGUGCUGUUACACGAAGAUAUAUUGUCUGUAUCUACAGAUAGCAAACAGGUUUUGGUAAGACAGAUGCAAAAAACUGUUGAAAAAUUUUUCAACAACAUUGACUACACUACAUUCAGUGGCUAUGUCGGAAAAGAUUUCAACGAAAUGAAUUCUUCAUUUGGAAAAGCUUGCCGUUUAAGCCAUUUGAGGUUACUAGCGGCUCCGAUCCAAGUAGAAGCAGAUGAAAAGACUACAAAUUCAUCUUUUUCAAUAUCUGGCCAGAUGACCGCUGCUAAAGUACAACUUUUAGAAUGUUUAUAUAAUUGCGAGAAGGUUAAAUACAUACCAUUGAUUGACUUUGAGUUAUCGCCAAACGUUAGUGGUUCGCCGAACGUGACAAAACCAAGCAUUAAGCUUAGGUUUAAACAUGUACAGCGGACUGGAAAAUCAAUGCUUUCUAAAAAAUGUGGUCCCAGGACAGAUCUUUCUAUAUCUUUGAAUAAAUGUUCAGCAGAAGUUGACAUAUCCAUAAUCGAUAGAAUAACUUCACUUUUGAAUUAUCCUCCAAUUUUUGCUUCAGAAAAACUAGAUGGUUACUGGAAUGGGAACCAGACUAGACCAGAAGGUUUCAUGCCUUUAAACAGUGAAUCAAUUUUGGACCUAAAAAUUAUGUCAUCACUGAUUAAUCUAAAGUUAAGAUUCCCUGUACCUGAUUUUCGUCCACCACAUGAUUUGAGUAAGUAUCCAUGGUGGGAAAGGAAUAUAAGGAAAGACUACAUUUCGCUUGUAUUGUCUGACGCCAUAUUUCAAUCUGCUUUUCAUAAAAACCAGACUUGUGGCGAGUAUUCAGUUGAUUGCAAGACAUUGGAUGUUUAUUAUUAUGAGUGUGAUAGUAGUCCUGGCCUGCACAUUGGUCAAGCUGGGCAGGAUGAUACCUAUUUCUCUUCAAAGCCAAAUAAUAUGGCACGCCCAAGGUUGAGCAUUAAAGUCUUUCCCAGAAAAGUAGACAUUCAGGAUGAUACUGAACCAGAUCCAAUGACACAUUCUUGUUAUGGUGCUUUUGAAAAUCAGGGAAGAACGGAACCUGGACCUUUUGCUGCUAAAAGGGUAGUCCAUGAGAGUGAUACACCGCAUUCUAAAUUACAUAGAGACGACUCUGAGGAACUCAUAAUACCUGGUGAUAGAUGCGAGUUGGAUAAUUUUAUGAAAUCGACUGCCACCAAUUCACAAAUUCAAGUAGAAUUGUUAAUUCCUACUGUGUCGCUUCAGUUUGAAUCGAAACACAUUUAUGAACUGAUUUAUAACAGGAUUAGCAAUGAUUUACUGCUGUGGGAACCAGCAGCACCUAAACCUAGUUCCGACUUGUAUAAAGGGACCGCAUAUGGAAAUUUCGAUGUUCUUGAAUUUGAGGAUAAAUUUAUAAUGUGCAAAAGCGGUCUCCAGUAUGAAUCAGAGAGUGACUCCAGUGAUGUUUCUGAUGAAUCGGAUACUAAUAUUUUUUAUUCAACGUAUGACAAAAUGAAGCAUUCACAAAAGCUUGCGUACAAUUCAUCCAAGUCUAAGUAUAGGUCUCAAAGUCAUAUAGCAUUAACCUUAAAAGUAGUUGAAGGACUAGUAUCGCUUAAUCCUCCGGUGAGAGAUACAGUAACUAAUAAUGUGAUACCUGGACAACAGGGAGAAUUUGUUUUAAAUGUUAACAAUGCAGAUAUAUUUAUUGUAAAUGGAUAUCGAGGUGAUAAUAAUUUAGGCUAUGUAUGUGUUCGAGUGGGAGGUGCACAAUUAUACCACUGCGAUAUGCAGCCUGUACCAAGUACCAGUCCUCCAUUGCGCAAGGUCGGAAGUGUAAUCGGAAGACAUUUAUUUCCUACCAUUUACCAGUCUGGCGAUGAAACGUUAAUAAACUCAACUGGUCGGGGCGGUGAUAGGGAAAUGUUUACCGUUGCAAUAAAAAUUAAGGCAAACCAUGAAACCCAUCAUAUAAAGACUGUCCAGGUAUCGUUGGCCUUAAACAAGGCUACAUUAAGGCACAGAAUGUGCAGAGAACCAAAUACGUGGAUAUCACAUUUGCUCGAUUUUUUUAAUGUUCAAGACUAUCCAAUUGCUGGUUACCAACCAAAAGACGUUUUAACUGAAUUGCACUUACAUUUGUGGGAUUGUGCCAUCGAUUACAGGCCUCUGCAUCUGCCUGUAAGAUCAGUUGUCAAUAUAGGUAGCUUUAGUUUGUCUUCCCAUUUAACUGCCGCCUCAAAUUUUUCCACUCUAAGGUUUAUAUUCGAAGACUGUAACCUUUUCAUUAGCGAUAAAGCACCACCCAAAAAUGGCAUACCUUCUUCAACAAAAGUGGAUUUGGCCAAAGAUUAUGUCAACGUAGUGAAAUUGGGAUUGUUUGAAAUAAGUCUAAAAACCACAGACAAGAAAGUUGGCGUGAAUCCUCACAUAGACUUUCGAGCGUCCAACAAUUUACUUCAUAUAAGAACAUGCUCGGACAGCGGACGAGCCCUCAUGCAACUAAUAACUUAUUUUGCUAACGACGGUGAUCUCCUACCAGAUUUGUCAAAACGGGAGAGUGUAUCUUCCAGUCCCAAACACGUGACCGACGAAGAUUUAAUAAAUGUUAAACAAGACAUUUCACUCACCAAAAGUCAACAGGAUCAUAUUAGUGAAUUGCUGGUAGAUGCUAUGGAGGAUAGUAACGGAACCGAUGAGUCGGAAACGUCAUAUAAUAUGGCACCAACGGGAACUAAAGUGUUUUAUUUUCCCGACGAAAAGGACCGGAUUCUUAGUAAGACCCAAUCAAAAUUUCUGCCGCAAGUUACGGCAGAACUUGGCGAUCUAAAAGAUUAUCACUUUAAUGUCAGCAGCGAUACAGACGAUGAAUUUUGUAUUAUUGGGAGCGAGGUGGGUUCUGAAAUGUUUCCCAAAGAUGGUGUCUCCGAAAUACAAUGGUUAACAGAUGAACCCGUGCGGGUCAUAGAGAAUCAUUUUUGUUCGCCCAUCGGUAAAAGGGAUCUACUACAACCGCCUAAACAUUUUCCUACACCUGUGGUGAGGUACACAUUAUGUGAAAUGACUGUGGUGUGGCAGAUGUAUGGUGGGAAUGACUUUAAAGAACCUGACCAGGAAAAUAGGAAGAAGGAAGUGAGAUUUUCCGAAAAACAAUUGAGCCACAAAGUAACAUUUUCCAAUUCUAAAAAUCAAGUUUCCAUAGACGCAGAAACGGAUAAGAAGUUAAUUGGAAUGCAUUGGAUGGAGAGGGGCGGCGAAAACAGAGACCACAAUGUUCUUAUGGAACUACAGCUCAAUAAGGUUCGCUUUCAACAUGAGAGGUAUCCAGAAAACACAGCUCAGGCAUCUCGUCAAGUUCUAUUGAUAUGCGACAUAGAGAUAAGAGACCGUUUAAAGUCAAGCCAAAUCAAUAAAUUCCUAUAUCAAUAUACUAGUCAAGCAAGGCCCAAAAAAUACCAUUCCAAUAUGGUAGUCAUAAAAGCAGUACACAUCAGGCCGGAUCCAAAACUGAGCACUCAGGAAUGUUGUUUGAAGAUCUCCUUACUUCCAAUUCGAUUGAACAUUGAUCAGGAUUCUUUACUGUUUUUCAUAAAAUUUUUUAAGGAGCUUGGCGGAGAAGCUUCUCCGCUGCCCGCAGAACCUGUGGCCGAGUCAUCUUCCAAGCACAGUACCCCAACGCACCAACCCCCGGUUAUGACAAUAGCUGAAGAAAAUGAAGAAGAAAUUAUACAUCAUGCACAAAAAGUUGUAAAUGAAAAUCUAAUUUUGCUUAUGGAAGAAAGUAGACUCCAUAGGGACUUGGAGGGGGAAGCUAAUAUAUCAGAAGUCAAUGAAACUGACGAUGCGCCAAUUUACUUUAGGAAGGUGGUGUUCUCUCAUGAUGUCUUUAUCCGUAUAGAUUAUCAUGGUAAAAGGGUUGAUAUGACUCAUGGUCCGUUGGCCGGGCUAUUGAUGGGACUUGGCCAGUUAAAUUGUUCAGAAUUAAAGCUGAAGAGAAUAGUUCAUCGGCACGGGUUAUUAGGAUUCUCAAAAUUGAUUCACUUUUUGUUGCAAGAGUGGUUGAGUGACAUUAAAAGAAACCAAUUGUCGACAAUAUUAGGUGGUCUGGGGCCAAUGCACGCGUUAUUGCAACUGUUUCAAGGUGUAAGGGAUUUAUUCUGGUUACCCAUUGAGCAGUACCAAAAGGAUGGAAGAAUAGUAAGAGGACUUCAACGAGGCGCAAACAGUUUUACAACUUCAACUGCAAUGGCAGCGUUGGAGCUUACCACCAGAAUAAUUUAUCUGAUUCAGAUCACCGCCGAAACUGCCUACGAUAUGUUAUCUCCUGGGCCCAGUAUUAGAACCAAAAGGUUAGCCAAACAACGAGGACGCAAAAAAAGGUAUCAUCAGCCUCAGGAUAUUAGGGAAGGACUUACUAACGCCUGUAUGGUUGUAAAAGAGGGAAUUGGUGAAACUGCCGAUAAUAUUUUACAACUGGCAGCUCUUGAAAAAGAGCAAAAAGGAUAUACUGGCGCAGUCGGUGCCGUGAUUAGGCAAAUUCCUCCCACAAUUUUCAAACCAUUAGUAAUAGCCUCAGAAGCAACGACAAACGUUUUAGGUGGAAUGCAGAGCCAACUAGUGCCAGACGCCCGAAAAGAAGCCAAUCAGAAGUGGCGAACACAUGAUUUAUGAAUCCUUAAAAAAAUGUGAUAUUUGAUAACAGGCACACUCAACUUGGCUGUUGCGUGUUAGUAUAGGACUUGUUAAAUUGUUAUGUAAAUAAUUAAACAAUUUCUUAGGUGUGGUGUGAAUUACAUUUUGAAUAGUGUCAUAUUUUAAUACCAAU